AUGGACGACCGUGAGCAGAUCGCAGCCAGUUUUUUGAGAGAACGAUUCCUCAGUGUCAUCUCGAAACUCGAAGGUAAACCUUGCACUGCCAUCUUAUAUGAUAACUCUAAAGUGAAAGCUACAUUUGUUGCAACUACUGGAGCCUACAACCAUAUUGCUGUAGAAGAUUUACAUACUCCAAUAGGAACUGUUUCAAGCGCUCUGAUCAGAACAAAAGAUAUUCAAAGUCUUGAAAUAGAUAUUGGUAAAAAUGAUUUAUAA